AUGCCUCCAAAAAGGCCUCGAACCGAUCCCACCCCGAUAGACCUUCCAAUACCGCCCCCUGGCAAGAAAGCCCGCACGCGCCGCGACGCGAUCGACCGUAUUUCCUUGCUCUCCGACGAGAUUCUUGUGCGGGUACUCUCCUUCCUGUCUGUCCCGCAGCUCCUGUCGGUGUCGCUCGUCUCCCACCGCUUGGGUCGCCUGGCAUGUGACUCACAGCUUUGGAAGGCGCUCUACUAUGCGCGUUUCGUGCUGCCGCGCGCCAUGCGCAUCCCCGGAUUCGACAAGGUCUCAACCAACAAUCAACUGCAUUACGCCGGGCGGAGGACGCUGUGGGCUGAUGGGCGGAGAGGCGGCAUAGUGGAUGUUGCGGGCGCAAAGCAAAAGGAAGAGCACGGGAGGUUGAGGUACACCAGUGCCGAGUCACGGAACGAAGGUUCGGGGCGGGACGACGCCGUGACUGUGGAGCGCGUUGAUUGGAAGAGGCAGUUCAAGAUUCGGCAUAACUGGUCUCGGGGCAAGUGUGCCGUCGAGGAGCUAAACCUAGGCGAGUGCGGUCGCGAAGAAAGCACGAAGCGCAAGAUGCUGGCCAAGGUCGUUGAAGGGAUCGCAGUCACAGCCGACGACCGUUGUGGCCUGCGCGCCUGGGAUCUGAAGACCAGGAGAAUACUGGCGCGCACGCCCUUAUCCUCAUCUGGUGUUGAUGACAACUCCGUCGACGAAGCUGCCAGGAGGAUGCCCACCUGCAUAGCGGUAGACGACCAAGGACCCGAUAUCAAGAUGCUGCAUGUUUGUGUUGGAUUUCAGGAUGGCAGCUUUGGGAUAUGGAUGCUGCAAACCACCGAGUCGAACGCUACCUUUGAGCCACAAUACCUGCACGAACAGUCGAGUAACGGGUCCUUGAUUUCAAUGGCAUAUUCGCACCCCUACCUCCUUACUGCCAACAAAGGCAUCACAAUCUCCCUCUACACAUUUGAAGGACCAAGCCCCCUGACUUCGUCCGUUUCUACCAUAAAUCAGACCAAAUGGACGCCACCCUAUCUUCUCACAUCACUCAAAUCCCACACUUCAACGCCGCCAUUGGCGCUUUCCAUCAGACAAGCAGGGAUAACAACGAUUGCUUCCAUUGCAUACACCUUUAGCACCGUCCAAGGAUGGUCCAUUGGCAUACAGGACCUACAUAUCAAAGCAACUUCAUCCUCCCAAACACCCGAAAUCACGGCUACCCGCUUGGCUUAUACGGCCCCAAUGACCACUGGCAGUCCACGACGCCAUGUUCCACUCCGCCGGUCUGGAACAGCCUUGUCAGAUGACGACGACGAGAUAGAAGAACCGGUCUCGUCUACGCGCAGGACUCGGACGCCACCAGCCGGCGACAGCGAUGGCCCCACGACCCUCUGUUACACGCAUCCCUACCUUCUUGCAACACUGCCCGAUAAUACUCUUCUUCUUCACCUUUGCACUACAACCUCAACAUCACUGUCAAUAUCAUCCGGAAUCAGACUCUGGGGACAUACUUCAGGCAUCUCGGAUGCCGAGAUCACAUCGCGCGGCCGUGCCGUUAGUGUGAGCCAGCGCGGCGACGAGAUGCGCGUCUGGGAGUUGGAAGGUGGCGCAAGGCAACGCCGUGUCGGUGAUCAUCGCAGCAUCGAGAUCCGCCCGACGAAAAAAGAUGACGGAGGCGCUGACGAUGGCGUCGACGCCGCAUGGGAGGAGAGGAGGGACUGGGUAGGUUUUGACGAUGAGAUGGUCAUCGUACUCAAGGAGAGGCUGGGUGGCGACGAUAGCUUGAUGGUUUACGAUUUCACUUGA